AUGAGAGCCAAGAAGGUCGAUAAAGCGGCAAGUAAGGCCGCAAAGCCUACAGCAGGAAAACCCAAGAAGGAGGGUUCUGGAGGCAAGGCUAAGAAGAAGAAGUGGUCCAAAGGAAAAGUCCGAGACAAGUUGAACAAUUUGAUCCUGUUUGACAAGUCAACAUAUGACAAGCUGUAUAAGGAAGUGCCCAGUUACAAGUUGAUCACUCCAUCUGUGGUCUCUGAGAGGUUAAAGGUCAGGGGGUCACUGGCAAAGCAAGCCUUGAGAGAGCUCCACUUAAAAGGUUUGAUCCGCAUGGUGUCCAAGCACAACUCUCAGCUCAUCUACACUAGGGCUACCAAGGGAGACAAGGAUGAUGUCCCUGCAGCAACGGCGGCGGCACCAUCAUCAUGA